AUGAAUUCACCGUCAAGAAUGUCGAGGGAAGACGCCGUCACAGCAUCACCCCGCCAAAAGGCCCAGGAAACGCAACAUCUGCCGCCGCCAUCACCACCACCACUACCGAGCGAGGACGAUAGAAAGCCGUCGCCGCUUCCUGUAUGGCUACAACUGCGCAUCAAGGCCAGCGCGCUUUUGAACAGAUCCCGGCGGCACGGACCCGGCAACGUGGUUGUGCUACCCUUUAACAAGAUCGCCAAGCUCAAUGUUUCCGUCACUGAGAUCGCGGCCAUGAACUUUGUGCGUGCCAACACAUCGAUACCUGUUCCCGAAAUCCUUGAGGUUCACUAUGAUGCCAAGUUUGAAGGCUUUGCCAAUAUUGUCAUGACGAAGCUUGCCGGCGAUGACCUGGCGGACGUGAUCCAGGACAUGAGCGACGCGGAAGUUAAGUCGGUGGUGAAAGAGCUAUCGGGGUACAUGAAGCAGUUGCGACGCUUCGACAAAGACAUAGGCGGUAAUGCACCGGCGAUAGGUGGACUUGGCGGCAUCCCAGGAUAUGAUAGCCGCAUCGCCUCUAUUCCGUUUGGCCCGUUUGCCACGAUGGCGGACUUCCACACCUACUUACGCCUUAGAGAGCCUAUCGAGGAUUGGAUACUCGAGCCCGACGUGAUGGCGGUUCACGGGAAGCCAGAGGGAACGUAUAAGGUGAAGCUUACACAUGGUGAUAUUGCGCCGCGGAACAUUCGGGUUAAACGUGGUAAGAUUACUGGUCUUAUUGACUGGGAAUUUGCAGGUUGGUAUCCCGAAUACUGGGAGUAUACUAGGAUGUUCUUCCCAGGUGAAAGGCCAUACCUAAAGAACUGGUAUAAUGCUAUCGAGGAGGAAGACGGGAUAGGUAAGUAUAAGACUGAGAGGAAAGCAGAGGAGGCGAUCUGGUCGCGGCUUGGACCCUUUGGGUUUGAGUAA